GUUGGCUGGCUGAGCUUGCCGAGAGUCUCAAGACACUCACUCCGCACAGUCGCGCUGUAUAGUUGUUUCGAUUAGGACGUGUGGUUCGCUUAAGCGCACGUUACAGUUACGACGACGCGCAAUACCUACAAUAUGAAGUAUUCAACAAGUCGACUAAACAUUCUGUGCCUGCUGGGAUUGUGCCUACUGCUUUUUAAAACAGAACCCAUAGAGGCACAAAACAAAAGAACCUCACGCGUAACCAGCUCCCGCAGCUUCGGGACCAACGUCAAGACCGACAACUCCAAUUGCCCCAGCUUCGACUGCCCUGAGGAGUUCGGAUACUAUCCGCACCCAUCAGAUUGCACCCAAUACUACGUGUGCGUCUUUGGAGGAGCGCUGCUUGAAAGUUGCACUGGCGGGUUGAUGUACUCGCACGACCUACAGACCUGCGACUGGCCGCGAAACGUCGGCUGCGAGUUGGCGGACACAUCCUCCGAGCGCAACAUUGCACAAAGCCAGGUCCAGAGGCAAAGAGAACCCCAUGCACAGCACGUACCAAGCCGAAUACGCUUUGGAGCCGCUUUCAGCAGUCAGGGUGGCACACAGAAGACGGCCACGGUGCCGCCACAGUACCAUCGUUCUCCACCCCAGGUAAUACAGGCACAGGUGCAGAAUAUACCGCCUCCCCCACCGGAACUGCGAGUGUCGCCAAACCCGGUAAUCACGUCGCGUGGUCAACCAAAGCCGCUGAUCGACUCCCAGGAGGACAUUGCAAAGCUGUAUGCCGAUGCGCAGGAAUCGUUGCCGCCUGUGGAAGAAGAGGAGUCCGACCGUCAGCAGAGAGUGUAUCGAGGCCAACCCAGUACCGUUAGUCAAGUUCAACGCGAUCGCGAUGGUAUUAUUCACCAAGCUAGUAUCAAUUCUAUUCCUCAAACUGGAAAAAUCGGAUCUUACGCUUUUGGGACCGCCUAUAGCAAAAGCCUGCAGGACGACCAGACGCUCGAACUGUCCUACAACCGACUUGAUGAAAGUAGGCGACGCAAACGCCGCGACCUUAGUGCCCAGCCGACAAAAGUUACAGAAGAAAAAUAUCACAACGACACAAAUUGUUCAAGGGAAGUGUUGGAGCAUGCUAGCCCUACCGAGCUUUCCGUUUCUACUGAGACUUCAAAAACUUCACAAGAACGCUUAAACGAUGGUGCGCCGGCAAAUGGUAGGAUGCGUAAAUACUCUUCAAAAAUACGUCAGCUAAAAAGCGAGAACGCAAUGGAAUUCGACUACAAAGAAAUUCCUGGCGAAGACAGCCAGUUAAUGGAUGGAAAUGAAGACGAGGAUGAUGUGGCCACGGGUGAGUCGAAGAGACGACCACGCCAGCUGCGACCUAUUUCACAUACAUCACUGAAGUGGCCGGUACAAAACUACCGCGCCAUUGACUCACCCCCCCUCCCGCAGGUUUCUCAGCAAACGGGAUACAGCUUUGGAAGUUAUAAUCCAUACCUCACACCUCCCAAUACCAAUCCUGUCCACAAUCAACAGCCGUACGGCAACCCUAACUACAAUCAUCUACCCGGAUACCACUCAUACGUGCAUCAGCAACAUCAAUUGGCUUCUGCUGGGCCACUCUCUCAGAAAAAGCACAAAUUGCCUUAUACCGGAUACAAUCUUUCGUUGCCCCCACCGCCGCUGGAGGAUGACUUUCGUCCCAUAGCUGGUAGCUACUACGAAGCUGCCGGUGCUGCUCAAACUAGUCCUCGUUCGCCCAACAGCAAACAGCACCAUUCUAACGCUGGCGACCUGCUCCCUUAUCUGAUACAACAGUUGAAGGAGCUAAAAGAACAGCGCAAGCACCUUCAGAGUGAUAAUUUUGCGUACUUCCGUCUGGACAAUCAGCCAAUGAGUCCGGUACCCACUCAAGCAGUCACACCCGUACCCACAAUUAGCACCACUUACUACUCCCCAGUAGACGCGUCCAAGCUCUCACAACAGGUUACACCAAAUGGUCAAUACAGCACAAUGGGCGGAUUCUACAACAACCAAAAUCCGGGUAAAGCCUCCUUUAAUCCCAACUAUCCCGGGAAGUUGGUAUCCCAGUAUAGUAUCGCCUCUAACGGACAUGACAGCACGACGGAGAGCAACUACUUUCAGUACAACAUUGUUGCUAACCAGAAAAUGAAGGGUGUCUUUAGAACAGCUCCUCCAAACCAGAUCGGUCAUUCUGCAGUUAAAGUUCGGCCCCCAGUCACGCCGCUUCAGGUGACUCAGAAUAUUAACGUGGUAUCUGCCCCAAAUUUGACCUACAAAAUACCCAAUGGUCUGCAGCAAGCCCCAUUUGCUCUUCUUCCCGAAGGCAUUAGCUACGCCAGCAACAGCACCAUUCCAGAAUCCUACCAAACUUUCACUAAAUCUGUCAGCACAUCAGCAACAGUGCUUUCCGAUGUGCCUACUACAACGCCUAAGUCAAAACUGACAAACUUUCAGUUUAACAUCAACGAGUUCAUGGCCAAUCUUAAGGAAAGCGAUUUGUCCAGUGUCAACCCGGCUGUUAAUCCGUUGAUAAAAUAUUUCAAAGAGCUUAGUACUGACAAAAACGGAAAUAUAAAUUUACCCAAUCCGCUGGUUAAUCGUCGCCCCGUAACUGGGAGUACCAGCACCUUGAACAGCACAGCUACGACCACCCAGGUAGACAUCACGCCGAACACACCCGCGUACAAAAAACGCAUAAAACCCGAUCCGACACUUCCCACGCAGAGCACUCCGACUCCCAUAAGGACACUGAAAGGCUACGAACAUUUUAUUAAGGGCAUACAGAAUCAACUCAACUCGCGGAACUCUAGCCAAAGCACUGUCUACAACACAUCAACCACUUUAAUACGAAUGCCAACCACCACGACCAUCAAGAGUGUCGAUUAUUAUGACGAGGAUUACGAAGAGGAUGAAGACAUAUUGCCUCCGUCUCAAAUGCCCCCUUAUAUGCCAGUGUCCGAGACCAUGGCCCCUCCCCGCCGACAUUUAGCUACAGCAAGGCCCAAUACUGAAUCGCCAGGAAAAGUUCCAGCCAGUUUCCAGACGGGUUUUCUGGAGGCAACAACAACUCGACGCCCGUUUCCCACCUUCACCCAGGUGAAUCAAGCCGGUGCUGAGGCCGACGUGCCCUCAUUCAUUAGCUUUCCUAGUGACAUCUUCCAAGAACUAAAGCAGCGGCUGCCCAAGCUCCCGGAACCAAACGCCCCACAAUCCAGUACCAAAGUAUUCACAACUCCACGCAGUGUGCGCCCAACCUCCCAUCCAAGGCCUAUCUCCUCCAGUACAGAACAGCAGUCAACUCGCGUGCGUUAUACAACUAUCCGACCAGGCAUAAGAGGACAACAAAAAUGGAAGACGACGUCACCAGUCCAAGAACAAAAGGAAAUAAAUAAUCAUACCGAAAACAGUGCCGUUGUCUUAAACUCAAGCAAGCAGAGCAACCCGGGCGGCCUUCCACUAAACUCAAUACAUGCCGGCUCAAGCCCAGAAAGACACAGGGAUCUAGAGUACCAUCAGCAACAGUCACAGGAGCAGCAGAAACCACCUACGCCGCAGUAUCAGUCGGCAGUUCGCCAACAGCAGGCCCAACCAACCUACCGUCCCUUAGAGCUCCCCGCCACUCCGAAGCCCCCCCCUUACGAAAACCAGCCAGCGUACAAUACAGACUACGAUGAGGAUAUUAAUGGUCAGAUUGAACAGGAUAAUGCGUACGAUCAGCCAACACGUUCUCCUCAAAGGGCAGAACAUGUGGCCAUACAAAAACUGGAUACCCGAGCCAGCCACUCGAGCACUGUCACUCUAACAACGACAGCAUCCCCACCGGAAGUACUCACAUACUACGAAACGCUGACCACACCCUAUGCUCCGAAGCGCGGGUCUAGCGACUACGCCUAUGGGUCGGCAGAAGACAAUGACCAGAGGGAUCGUUUACUAACCGAAGUCAAGUCUAGGCCCCAUACCGGUAGCGAAGACUUUGACCUAAUUGCGAAUGUUGUGGGUCAUACCGACAAGGACACCGCGACUCCACCAACACGAUCGCAAAAAACGAAAUCGACACCGCCACAUAACGGAAGCCAGAAGCCAGGAAGGAGUUCCAACACCACAACACAUGCUGUUACGUUCACGCAGUCCUCAACAAUAACAACCACAUCCACAUUUCCUCCAACGACAACAAAAAAACUUACAAGCUCGAAAGCGCGUGCAAAUAAGCCAUAUAAACAACAUAUUCCCGACAAGUCAAAAACAACCACAAAAGCUUCCAGUACCUCUCACACGACCGCGACCAGAUCCACACCUUUUCCUAAUCACCUUACUUAUAAUUCAAAUCCUUUUCUCCAAUCAAAACUACAACAAGUUGCUAAGUCGUUGGCAAGAGUUGUGCAAAGCAGUCAGCCUAGGAUAAAUUUCACCGAUUACCCACAAGCUCAAAACCUUUCAAACUCGCCCCAACAGUCCACAAGUUCGGAAUCAGUUCCAGACCAAGAUUCAGCUCGAAUUACUUCCCUAAUUCCCCCGCCCACCACCACGCAAAGGCCCCUGGUAAAGGACAACUCCGGUAAUAGCAGCCCGGACAACGUUGAAAGUGCCUUUGAAAAGAGUCAUACAAUUAAUCAGACGGUUGAUCCGCCGAAGAGUCGCUCCUUUGAAACCACUACAUCGUCAAAGUUCCUAGAUUUUAUUAAUGCCGCAGCGUAUGGUACAAGCCCGAGUGGCAUUCGGCUGAAUGAAGUGCCAGAUAAUCUUGUUAACAGGGAUAUUCCUUUUCGAGAAAAUGACAACUCGUUCGAUUCGAGCUCACGGAACACAGAACCACAGUCCAAACGUUUUCAGAAAUACGUAGAUUCUGAUGUACCUCCACAAAGUUUCAAAGUUCCCACAAAGGGUGUAAUGAGAGCACCAACGGAAGAAAUGGAAAGCACAAGCACAACACGACCAAGUAAACCCCUACAAUAUAGUCUUCAAAGUGGAUCAAAAGGUUUUAGUUUGCAUAUGGAGCCAAUGAUCACAAAGACGAAGAGUUUUUCCACCAGCACAACCACAACAAGCCCAACAACAUUGGCUGACUUAUUUCAGAAGUUCGUCGACAUCAAACCUACAACAUACGCUCCACCACUUCUCAUUUGGCGUAGUGGAAGGCCCAUCAUUCAAGAAGCACUUUAUAGACCAACAGUCGCAACUUUCAGCACAUCUACUAGUGUUACCACAACUACAUCUCCUCCUACAACUUCUAAAAAUGUAGCUGAGUCUAGCAGCACUACCAGAGACAUUACAACAUCAAAAUCUGCUGCGCAGCCUAGCCGAGAACAGGAUUUUCUACCAAGAGCGGGUUAUUUGCCCCGUUCCAAUUACUUUAGGGAAAGUCCGAAUCGAGUAACAGCCAACCCUGCUAUGCAUUUUGUCUCACCGUACAAGAGCCUAGAGAACUUGCUUCAUGAAGAUCGCCAGCACCACCAUCAUCAACUACGGACCACAACCAGACCCCGGUACACAAACGCUCCUGCCUUUUCGGAGUUCCUCCAGACUACGGCAAAGUCACGAAAGAAUCUUUUUAUGAUGGCGUCUGUUAGAAACUCUAGUAAAGAUGUUUUGGCCACGAUGGAGACAGGAAACGCACGCAACUUUAGUGUCAGCGACGCUAUACUAAGCACAUUCAGUCCUCAGCGUCCUGCUCCAAGUAUGCUGCGAACCACUACCACGACUACAACAACUACUACCAUGAAACCACCUCCUAUAGAAAUUACGUCGACUGAAGAUUCAACAACCGUUUCCGCCAUAAUCGCUUCCUCUGCCAUCCACAUAUCACAGUCCCCAAAGCCUGCCCGUGGGCGCUCUCGAUACACGGCGGCCACAUUAAACAGUCUCGGGGACAGCGGGGACGAGCCCACGACUUAUGCACCCAAGCUUAGAUUGCUCGGAGGAUAUGAUCCCAUUCCGCUGCCUAAAACCAAGCCCCAACGAGUACAAGUGAUCGGCAAUCAGAGGUCUUUGUUAAGUGGGCCAACAGCUAAGCCACAUGAAAAGUACAGGGCAUUAGAGGACACAUUUCAAGCCAAAGAUCUCUCCAUUGGCUCCAAAAAUGUACUAAGCAAGUCGCUUAAACAUAAACCAAUCGAAAAUGAAGCCAGCGUUUCGGACGAGCCAAGAGCCGAGGCUUUAAUAAGCAAGCCUUUGGAGGACAGGCAACUAAAUGGCAUUAACGAAAAAGAAACUGCAAUAGAUUACAGCUCCACCGAACACGUGGUGGCAAUAACAGAACGUCCAACUGUCAAGUUCCUUUACUCUAACAAAUACCGACAGCAAACGGCGGAGCACACACUAGCAGAUAGUCUUCAAAACUCCGGCUACAUAACAUCGCCUAACGGAUCGUCACAGAAGUUCAGAUCCCCCAACGUCCUUGAGCAACUGAGGCAAUUUCUUUCCGGCAGUGACAGCAACAGCAAUAGCGAUGAGAGUGGGAAUUCCCAAUUCGUUAAUGAGUAUUCACUCCCCGAAUUAAGGUCCGCUAUCGGUGAAAUCAAGAAACUUUACUUACCCACCGACCGGCCAGUAACGACCACUUUAAAAUCUAGCACGACGACGUUGCAUCCUAAUACCACGCCUAUUGCCACACUAUUUCCAAUCCGAACCAAGGGACUAUCCGUUUUACCGUCUUUUAACAUCGUGACCACUAAUUCCACUUUAACAGAAAGAACAACGUCAAGCACUCCUGAUUUUAGUAUCCCUAGAACCCUCAAAACCCCUCCAGUUUCUCUAACUACCGUCCCCACUAUUCCCACUGGUACAGCUACACCCUCCUCAUUUGCACCGCACACUGCGCGCGCUUCGAGGGUGAAUAAUGAUAUUAAGUCGUCGAUUGCUGCCGCUGCCCUAGGCCCUAGCACCUCAACCUAUCAGCCAUCAGUGUCAGCGGGUAAAACCCAAAAGUUCCAAAUCGGCUUCGCUACCAACAAUAAAAAUCACCAACUCCAAAAAACCGGCAUCAACCAUAAUGGCCCCGCAGCCUCAGCCUCCGUGAAGUGCUCCGAUAGCACACUAAACGCCAAAUGCAACGAAAUCUCUUCAAGAAACAACAACAGGAACCGGGGCAGUGCCAUGUACAGUAAUCAGGAUCGAGACUUGAUAUCCACUCCCAACCGCGGAACUCAUCCUCCACGAACGCGGCCAACGCUUAAGCCAUCGGGAAUAAUUGUAUCAAAGGCUCAAGAGUUUGUGGAUAUAUACCGUUACCCACCGUCCCGCCCUGACCCAAUUUACCCACAGCCUACGCCAGAUAAAACGGCAGCCAAAUGCCGAAAGGACGUAUGCCUUUUGCCUGACUGCUAUUGCGGAGGAAAGGAUAUUCCUGGCGAGCUACCUGCUGAAAGCAUUCCUCAGAUCGUUCUCUUGACCUUUGACGAUUCCGUUAAUGACCUAAACAAGCAGUUGUACACGGAUCUUUUUGAGAAAGGUCGCGUCAAUCCAAACGGCUGUCCCAUCACAGCCACUUUUUACGUUUCCCACGAGUGGACUGACUACAGUCAAGUGCAGAAUCUUUACGCCGAUGGACAUGAAAUGGCUUCGCAUACAGUUUCUCACAGCUUUGGCGAGCAGUUCUCCCAGAAGAAGUGGACUCGUGAAAUUGCCGGACAGCGUGAGAUCCUUGCUGCGUACGGCGGUGUCAAGAUGUCGGAUGUUCGAGGCAUGCGUGCUCCUUUCCUGUCGGUGGGCGGAAACAAAAUGUACAAAAUGCUGUACGACUCAAACUUCACUUACGACUCUUCCAUGCCUGUCUACGAGAACCGACCACCCUCCUGGCCCUACACGCUCGACUACAAGAUAUUCCACGACUGCAUGAUUCCGCCUUGCCCGACCCGUUCUUAUCCUGGGGUUUGGCAGGUACCCAUGGUCAUGUGGCAGGACCUUAACGGAGGCCGCUGUUCUAUGGGCGAUGCCUGUUCCAACCCCAGUGAUGCAGAUGGAGUGACAAAAAUGAUUAUGAAGAACUUUGAACGUCAUUACACUACAAACAGAGCACCAUUUGGCUUGUUUUACCACGCUGCAUGGUUUACCCAGCCCCAUCACAAAGAGGGCUUUAUUAAAUUUCUCGAUGCCAUCAAUGCAAUGCAAGAUGUGUGGAUUAUAACCAACUGGCAAGCACUACAAUGGGUGCGAGACCCUACACCGAUAUCACGCAUCAACUCAUUCCAACCAUUUCAGUGCGAUUAUUCGGAUCGGCCCAAACGCUGCAACAACCCAAAAGUGUGUAAUUUGUGGCACAAGUCCGGCGUCCGGUACAUGAAAACGUGUCAGCCAUGCCCCGACAUUUACCCCUGGACUGGAAAAUCUGGAAUCCGAUCUUCCCGAAUCGAUAAUGAAGUUGAAGAGCCCGCGGCGUAAGACUGGAAAUCGAUAGUCUCGCGUUGACCAUUUGCGGAUGGACCAUCAAUAGGCAAUAGGGAGACCUGACAAUCCAAGAUACUGAAAUAUAAAAGCGCUAAACAUUUGAGCUCAAAAUACGGAGUUCACUCGUUAAAAUGUUUUCUAACAAUUUCAUAAUUUUAGCAAAUUCUUUAAAAGGAGCCUAGUUAAAUUUUUGCAGCAUGUUAAUACAAAUUAUUUAUUCCCUUUUGCACACUCCAUACCAUUCUGUAUAUUCCUAUAGAUAUUUACAAUACAUUGAUUAUUCUCCAAGUUGCACACGCAAUCGCUGCACGACCCUUGUAAACGUAAAUCAAUUAGGCAUAGAACCGUAUUCUAAUAAGUACUAAUAAAAGGCGUAAUUGGUGCACCGAGUCUUUGAAAAUAAUAAAAUUACAAGUAUGAUUUGGAUGCAUCAAGUCCACAAACCAAGAGCGCAUUUAGGUAUUAGGCUAAUUUAAUUUUUUGUUUACAUGUGAUAAAGAGAUACAGCUGAAUUUAUGUAUUAUUAGAUUGGCACAAGCCUUCCCUUUCACCACUUAAACUGCGUACUUUUAAUUAAAAUAUUGUCAAAGCCAAAUUGGUAUUGGGUUUGGGUGCAUUAAAAUUAACCAGUGCGGUUUCAAGUUUAAGUUAUUUUAUUAGCGUGAGAUAAAAAUAUCGAACGCUAAAUUUGUUUAAUCGUAAUGAAUUAUUUUUGAAAUUAAAAGCGUUUAAAAGUUCAACAAUAACUUUAUAUCCUUAGUCCUAACUAAUGGAUACGCAAAGGCAGUCGAUUGAAGAAAAUACAAAACGCGAAAAAGGGUAGAUAAGUUGAUUUCCAGAAUUGAAACGGUCUCUGCAAAUUAAAUUAUUGUAUUUAGUUAAAUGAAACGACAUACACGCCUGUCGAUAACCAUUCAAUAAUAUGCGAAAGUAUUAAGAAGAUUUCACAUCCAACAAUUAAACAUGGUGAUUAAAGAGUGCAAGCGAGAUAACUAUUAGGGCACACAAAAAAUAGAAAACUAAACUUAAUGGGCAGGCGCGAAAAAUAAAAAAAUUAGAAAUGAGAGUGAAUUGAAUAUUCUGUGCUAGAUUUUGUAACAAUAUAAAUGUAACAAUAAAAUGUAAUAUUAAAAUUUUAA